GGUGACCUCGCAUAAAUUUCGGUCUUAUAUAAAUAGCACUUUAAAACCCAUAAGUUUAACAAUAAUACAUCAUUUCAACAAAGCCAUAGAUUAAACUAGCUCUCGAACAUGACGAAAGGGACGCCACAAACGAUGAAAGCUUGGGUGCAAACCGAUGAUUAUGGUUUGGAGAAUCUCAAGCUGGAAACGGCUCACCCAGUGCCUACAAUUGAUGAUAGCCAAGAUCAAGUUCUUAUCAAGGUGCAAGCAUCUUCAAUCAACCCCGUUGACUAUAAAUUAAUGAAGGGCAACAUGUCGCUGUUCAUGAAGCGGUCGUUCCCGCACGUUGUCGGUUUCGAUGUUUGUGGCAUCAUUGUGGCGAAAAGCAAAGCGAGUAAAGGAGAUUUCAAAGUUGGAGAUGUUGUUUACGGCGAUACCGGGGACAGAGGUAGCUGUGCGGAGUAUAUGGUGUGCCCAUCUGAUUUUGUGGUUAAGAAACCACAGAACAUAUCUGCUGAAGAGGCUGCGUCCGUACCGUUGGUAGGUCUAACUGCUUAUCAAGGGUUAAAGUUUAAAGGUAACAUCAAGAAGGGUGAUAAAGUAUUGGUUCUUGGUGGAAGCGGCGGUGUGGGCUCCAUGGCGAUCCAAAUGGCCAAGAUUAUGGGGGCCAAGCACGUGACCACGACGUCUUCUAAUGUUGAAUUGGUGGACAGUCUUGGAGCAGAUCAGGUCAUCAAUUAUAAAGAAGGAAAAUGGGAAGUCAUUCUCAAUGGCGCUGAGUAUGAUAUUGUCUUCGAUUGCGUUGGUGGUGGCUGGGAGCGAUCGCAUCAGGUUCUGAAGAAAGGCGGAGUGUUUGUUACCAUUUCUUCUGAAGAAGAGAAUGGACCGGAUGUUCUUUCGAUCGGCAGGGUAUUUUCGAUGGUGGGCAACACUAUCGGUAGGAAAGCAAUGGCUGCUAUAGGUAUGGGGCCUAAUUACGAAUUCUUCUUAACAAACGCCGGUGCCCCAAAAGAUAUGACCGAGAUUAGUGAGUGGAUUGAAGCUAGAAAGCUGAGGGUUAUCAUGGAUCCUACUAGCCCAUAUAAAUACGAGGAUACUAAGGACGCUUUCAAACUUCUGAUGUCUCAUAGAGCGAAAGGAAAAUUAGCAAUAUCGUGGUAAACCUACGCUUGAUCUAUCAACAAUGUCAGCGGUUUCUUGCGAUAAAUCACUUCGGAUCCAAGAGCCACGAUAGAUAGUCAAAAAGGAGAACAUCAUAUUAUUUGUUGAUUUUUAGGGUUUUCAUAUUAUUUGUUGAUUUUUGGGACAGUGCAACCUUUCCUCGCGUAUAUUAUUAAAUUGUUCGUACUCUAAGAUGGAAGACAACCAUGCACUGUUUGGUCAUUCGCAUAGGCUACAGCUGUCUAUUUAUGUACGUUGUUUGUGCAAACACCACCAAUCCUCUCUUAAUUUUAGUAUUGGGUACAGAUACGAAAGAGUAGUCAGUGAUAUGCUAUUAAAAUAAGGUGAAGACUCGCAUUGUUGAAGAGUUCUAGCGAAAAACUGUAACGAAAUCGGUUCGAAAAUCUUCAUGGUCCAAUACUACGAAAAGUGCCCAAGUUUGACACGACACGGAUUUCGUGUGUAAAAAUCAAUCAAGAAAGUUAUACGCUGUGUUUAGUAUUCAACAGGAUUAUUUGUGCUACUUCUCUCUUUUAUAACACCAC